UGGUUUCCGAACGGAGCUCCACUGAUGUUCCUGAGCAGCAUUUUUUUGCCCCUUUAUUAGUCCGUGCCCCGGCCGAAGGGCGCUGGCGGGAGCCGCUCUCCCCCCGAGCCCUGAGGGCGCAGCGAUGGCGGCGCCGCUCCCUCAGCGCCGCCCCGGGGCGGAGCGGGCGGCCUUUGGCGCCGGGCCGGGCCCGCGGGUGCUGCGGGCUGCGCUCGGCCAUGGCCGCCCCCGCCGAGCCCGGGGACCCGCCCGGCUUCCAGAGGCCGCCGGCGAUGCUGCGGCUGAAGCGCAAACGCCGGCGGAGGAGCGAACCCGCCGCUGCCGCCGCCGCCCCGGCCCCGCGGGGCCCCUCCGCGCCCGCCCGCCGCAACCCCUUCUGCAGCCUGAACAACAACAACGCGCCUCAGCGGGCGGCGGCCCCUCAGCCCCCGGCCCCGGCGGGCGGGGAUCCAUCGGCAGCGCCCUUCUGGCAGUUUUUAGAGCCUGCCUGUGAAGAGAAGCCCCCCGGGAGAGCAGAGCCCGCGGGAGGAGCCGACAUCCUCGCCCUGACCGAGGGAGAAGAGUCCUUUCCCUGCUCCAGCCCGGGCUCCUCUCUCCAUGGACUGCACUUCCCUGCCAGGACCCUGCUCUGGGUGGGGUGCCCACAGAGUCCCAGCUUCCUUCGGGCAUCCCCCUGAUCCAGGGGGCUCCUCCAGGGGCUGCAGGUGGAUCUUUCCUCCUCCAGGGGCUGCAGGUGGAUCUCUGCUCCACCAUGGACUU